AGAGCAGAAGCAGACAUUGCAACUAGAAAAGCAGGUCGAGCUAGAGACAUGUGAUACUUGCAUUUCUAGCGUCGACAGCCGCCCAUCGCCGGCCGACCGGUAGCCGUCAGUGGCGUUUCGCCACGGUUAAUUCUGAGCCGUCUCGGAAGCCGGAUAGCGUAGCGACGAACUUCCGCCAUGGGAUCGGCGCGCGUUUCUGCGAUCCCGCUCGCGCUCCUGUGCUGCCUUGUCGCCGCGCAUCUAACCCCGGCUGCAGGCGCGGACGAGGAGCCAAUCAUAGUGCCGGAGAUGGUGGAGGGGGCGGCCCCAGCGGACGGCGGGGCAGAAGCAGAAGGCGCAGCGCUGGUGGACCGAUUAGUGGAUAUGGAGACAGCUCUUAGCGAGCAGAUGGAGAAAGGACUAGCCAUAGCGGAGGGGACAGAGGCGGAGCUGGUGGACGAGAUAGAGAGGGACGUGGCGCUGCUGGAAGACAUGGUGGCGCACGCCAACGCCACGCUGUCGGAACGUGCCACCAUCAUAGCACAGGCGCUGCUGGAGCGAGUUGCCGGGGUCGAGGCGUUGAUUGCCAAGCGAACAGCAGCAGGCACUAGCUUGCCCUCAGUCACAUCAGCUCGCGAGGGCAUACUCGCUACAGUCCCACUCGAUAAGAGCAUAAACCGCUCCGAUCUAAACGACUCGUUUCUCAACUACCACAAAACCAUUUACCCUGGACAAGUGAAAUUUCGCUGCCUGGGUGAGCCCUGCCCGAACUUUGGCUCCUGCGGGGAAGCCUUUCCCAACAUCCGCGCCUGCUACCGCCCGGACUUCGCCGACGAAAUUUAUUACCGCCCGGACCAGCCGGAAAACUGCCCGAAACUGUCGCACGCGAACGAGUCGGGGGAGCUGGGGGCGGACCCGCGGUGCACACACAAGACGGACCACCACUGGCACGACGCGUUUGUGUUCCAGUUCUUUGAGAUGAAAGACAUGUUCAUCAACGUCAACGGGUUGGUGUUCAACCGCUCCCUGCACUUUGACCGCCACGGUUGCUUCAGAGACCUUGAUUUUGACUACAAGGCAGGCGAAUCGCAGGUGCUGAAGCUGCACCGCGUGGUAUCCCUGGCGUACAACCACGCGGUGGCGUUCUACCACUCGCUGGUGGAGUUCUUCCCGCAGUUCCUCAUCCUCGCGGAUCUCCUCAGAGCCAACCCCGACAUCCCCAUCCUCUUCCGCCGCAGCCAGCUGUCCUUCUACAACGAGAUGGUGCGGCACUUGGUGGGGCUGGAGACGACUCAGAUGAACCUCAUAGUGGUGGAGGACACCAAGAGAUCCAACAUCAUGCACGCCGAUAUUGUCUACCAGCCUGUGUACCAAGGGUGCGGCAAGCCCAGCCCGGGCUUGUGGCGCCAUCUCCGCCUCAACUUCCUCCUUCCCCCCGAUGGCCUCCCGCUCUUCUCUGCCCCCUGGCGUCUCCGCGCCCACUCCCCGGGGCCCUGGUCCGACGCCCGUGCUGCCGUGCUGCCGAAUGACUGGGUGGUGGUGAUGGCGAGGCGCCCGGGGAACACACGGAAGAUGGUGGGCUUUGAGGGGCUUCUUGCCGCGGUGGAGGAAAUGUUUGGGAAGGAGAGGGUGGUCAUUUUCAAUGGGUCGCUGCCCAUCUUAGACGCCAAGGCCCUGUUCAACCGGGCAGCGGUGUACAUCGCCUCACACGGAGCAGCCAUGGCGAAUCUGGUCUUCAUGCCUGCUUCCUCCUGUGUGCUCGAGAUCCGCCCAAGAGACUACCUCAACGCCUGCUACCACCACCUUGCAUCCGCUUCCCAGCAGAAAUACUUUCUAGUCUUCGGUAACGGGACAAAGGACUCGCCGCUCGAGUUUCACCUGCCCGACGUGCUGCCCGUGCUGAAAAACAUUUCGGACUAUACCGUUAGGAGGAUUCGGGAGCAGGAGGAGGAUCCUUUGCUAGAGGAAGGGAGGGAGUGGGUGGAGAGGAUGGCUGAGGGAGGAGGGAAAUCGCCGAGGGAAAUGGGGUUUGUUACUCCGAUCGAUGAGGGGGUGGUGAAGGAAGGGACAAUGAGCGAAGAUUUUAUCCGUAAGGAAAUGGACAAUUUGCACCUCAACAUCGGGUCGUCGCACUCCCCGAGAAUGAUUUCGCUUGAGUGCCCGGGUAACUCCUGCCCGGAUUUCUCAGGCAGCUGCGACGUGCGGCCGGAUGCGUCUGCGUGCACGCCGGCUGCAGCAUGGAGGGACGAGGGGUUUGUGAAGCCGCCCGUGCCGCUGAACUGCCCGAAGGAGGAUCGGUCGCACAUGGGGCCCGAGGGGCGCAACGAGAGCUGCUCUCACGCCCCUGACUUCUUCUGGUUCGAGUGGCAGAUCUUCCAGGUGUACAAGCUGCGCAACGUUUACAUAAACGAUGAGGGGUUGAUGUUUAACAAAACGACACACUUCCACCGCGAGGGCUGCAACUGGGACAGCGAGUUUGAGUACAAGAAAGGCACCAAGAUAAAGAAGGUCAAGAGGGUGGUGAACCUGGCGUAUCGUCAGGCGUCCUCCUUCUACCACGGACUCAUCGAGUGGAUCCCCCAGUUUCUGCUCCUCGCGUCCACCCUCAACACUGCCCCCACGAUGCCGCUGCUCGCCCACGCUGGCCAGUGGGACUUCUACCAGCACGUGGCACAGCCGCUGCUGGGUAAGGACCUCUCAAGGACGGCUCUCCUCAAUAUCAGCGACGGGGAGAUCUGGUUUGCAGAGGAGGUCUACGUGCCCUUAUACCAAGCAUGCGGCAAGGCGAGCCCCUCCUUCUGGACUGACUUCCGCCACCGCUUCCUGCUGCCGCCCAAAGGCCUCCCAGUGUUCCGCAACAACCAAUGGGACACGCGCCACGUCAGCGCCCUGAACACCGCCAACGCCUCUGUGGUCCCCCCUGAUUGGCUCGUCGUUGUCGCCCGCCGCCCGGGGACAAAGAGGACGAUCGACAAGUUUGACGAGCUUUUGGAGUCAAUAAUAAAAAUAUUCACCCACAGGCGCGUGCACGUGUUUGAUGGGUCUCUGCCCAUCCUUCAAGCACGAAAUCUGUUUCGCAGGGCUCGCCUCUUUGUAGCCGGUCAUGGGGCUGCUAUGGCCAACAUGGUCUUCAUGCCCGCCAAUGCUACAGUACUGGAGAUCCGGCCGGAUAAAUACGAGAAUGCGUGCUAUCAUCACCUGGCACAUGCGUGCGAGCUGCGGUACUAUCUAACCUUCGGCAAAGGGGAUUUUGAGAGUUCCGUUCAAGUGAACGUUGGGGAAGUUUCUGCCAUCUUGCAAGGAAUUAGCGAUGGGUUUGCACCACUACCAGGCGAGGAGCACCCUGACUUUAGCUGAGUAUGUUGUGAGCCAUGUUCAGUGGUGUAACCCUUGUAUAAGUUGACAUUUGUAUUGCUGUACUUAAGCAGCAAUUGAAGGAACA